AUGAAUGCCUUUCUGACUGUAUUCAACCGUCGAAGCAGCUCGGCAAGAUCGCCGUCAUUGGAAUCAACGCCAACGCGCUUGUGGUCCAACCAGCACCAGUCCUCGGGUGGCAACCAACAGAACAACGAAAAAAGAAAACCUGACACGUUCGACGGGCAUGAACUUCAGCGUCGUAUCGGAGCCCAAAACACUCCUUACGCACAUCUUUUUGGGAAUGGGAAAAACGACAACGCCAUGCAUGACUUGCCCGAAACUGUCUACAUUGUCACAUUUUUACCCAACACGCCGCAGCAAGGUAUUCACACGAUAGAGUACCCCAAAAACUCUGGUAGUAACGUUGUAAUGGCUUUCUGCGAGGUGGACGCGUGUGAGGAGUUUUGCCGGCAUUUGCACGAUCAGGGUUUCUUCGAACCCCAUCCCCAAGCCGUGCGCCUGGAAUCGUUGUACAACUUUGCCGACACGGUGGGUGUAUUCUGCCAAGUGGUGCCUCCGGGCACACGCAUGGUUCCACCCACCGAGCAGGUUUCACACUUGGGCCAGCACGAUUCGUCCCUCCGCCACGAUCAAUCUGAUCUAGACUACGUCAUGUACAUGAUGGAAGAGGAUAUUGAAGAAGAAGGGGCACUUCUGUCGCACGAAGCAGUUGGUAGUGGCCACAGAGGGAGUUGGCAAUAA